UUGAGCGAUACAAAGCAGUUAAUGACAUUAAUGUAACCAACCGUAGUGUAAUUAAGUAAUUUAAACAAAAAUAAAGAAUUAUCAUUGGUUAAAUGUUUAAUUAAAAACUAACCAAAUGUCCAUCAAAGUAUCUUGAAUAAAAAAUAAUUUUUUGAUUGUAAAUUUGAACAAUCAUUCGCAAAUAUUUUACUAAUCGGAUAGACUAAUAUUUGUACAAAUAUUCAGAAUAUGAAUUUACAAGAAGUAGAAUGUUCAUAUGAUGAAAUAACCUCAUCAACACUCAAACUUAUCAUGGAAAUUUCAAUAAACAAGUUGAAGAAUUUUCAAAACACAUUACAGUCACCAACAGGACCAUUUGUAAAAUCAACAGAGAAUAAGAACAAUUUGUUAUUGAAUAACUCUAACAGAUCAAUUCCAUCUGAAUCAUCCCAACGUGUCAUUUCAAAAACCACAUCUAACAGUUCUUCACCAAGUAAUCGCUUAUACAAGAUUAUGGUAAUUUUAAAAAUAGCUAAAAAAGCAAGAACUAUAUUAUUAGAUCGACAAACAUUAGAUACACUAGAAACGGAUGAUAAGUCGAUCGAUGUACAGAAUAUUUCCUCUUCUGAAAGUGAAUCAAGCAAUAAUUCCUAUAAUACACAACAAUUUGAUGAUGUAAAACAAACAAAUACUACUGAUCUGAGCUCUGUUCAAACAAAUAUUUGUUCAGAAUUAAAUGUUACACAUCCAAAUGAAAAGAAUGAACAAAUGUGUAAAAGUAUCCAUGAAUCUGGUUCAAAUAACUCUACAGUAUGCAAUAACAACAAAAGAGCAUUUAGUUCUAAACAAACUCCUGUGAUACCUGAAAAACGUGCAUUUUUAAAUUUUCAAAGCGAAAAUCCUGUGAAAUGUGAUAGAUCAUUACAUGAAAAUACAUCGAAUUUAAUGUACCAUCCAAAUGCUUCACACAAUACAGGGAAUAUUGAACAUGGUUCAAUUAUGCCAAUAUUUAAUAAAGAUGAUAACGAAGAGGAGAUUGAAUAUGACGAUGCUCAUGAUAAUGAUGUCAUUAUAUACCCAAAAUCUUAUCCACUAUGCAAAUGUAGAUUGUCAAUUCCAAAUUCUGAAGUAUGUAGUUUAGGAAAUAGUCGAAUUUUACCAAAUGAAUUAUUAUCGAAUACUUCACAUCAACAAAUAAAUCAUUCAAUAGAUUAUGAUAAUAUUAGUAAUGAUUAUCAACCAGAUAUGUGUAUUUGUCUUUCAAAUUCAUCAAAUUCACGACCAUUGAUUACUGGGAUAAUAUGAAACAAUGCAUACAGUAUUACUUAUUCAUGUAUAUUGUAAAUUAGUAUAAACAGCUGUGAUAUAAGACCAUAUUUAUAUUCGUAUCAAUGUAUACAGUUUACAUGUGAUUGUACAUAAAUUAUGAGCAUACCUAUCAAUCUCAGGUCUUAAAUCAUUCUCAUUCAACUGUCUGAUGAUUAUUCGUAUCAUCAGAAAUGCAGAAAAAAGAACUAGACAUCUGAAUUGUCCUGUUGUUGGUGUUUUGUAAAUGAAAAACCCUUUUACCUCCUUCCUGAUAUUUCAGUUCAGGCAAAGGAAUGAUCGGCAGACAGGAAUAAAUCAACAAUGAUCUAUCUAUCUGUGAUCUAUUCAAUUUAGAAUUUAUUUGUUUCAAUGAUUUGAAUUUUGAAUAUAAAACAAACUACUGUAAUAUGUAUAUAUAAGUUUUUUUCCUAAAUGUAUAUAUUUUUUUAUUUAUAUCUAAUAAGGGGCAACAUUUGUUGGUUUAUCCAGUAUUUAGAUAUAAAGCGACUGCAGAUCACCAAUUCAAUAUGAUUCGUAGACAUAUUCAUAUUCAAUUUAUGUGUGAGUAUGACUUCUGAGGAUUUUCGCCAAAACGUAUUUUCCAAGAUAAACCUUUUAAAUAAUUAAAAG